AGCAGCACUUAUUUUUACAUAAGGACUGUAUUUACAUACCUGAAAUUAACUGAAUUAUUCCUGGCAUCCAAGAUGGAUCUCAAGUGUGCUCUUGAAGAAUGUUCAAUGGCACUGAACUUAUUUCUAAACAAUAAGUUCUCUGAAGCUCUGGAACUACUGCGUCCAUGGUCCAAAGAUAGUAUGUACCAUGCACUUGGAUACAGCACUAUCUUAGUUAUGCAAGCUGCAAUGACCUUUGAACAGCAGGAUAUACAAAUGGGAAUUUCUACAAUGAAGGAUGCUUUGCAAACCUGCCAAAGAUUCAGGAAAAGAAGCACAGUGGUGGAAUCCUUGUCUAAUCUAGUUUCUAAGCAGACCGUGGAUCAGUUGAGUGAAGAGGAAAUGCAUGCUGAAAUCUGCUAUGCUGAAUGCUUGUUACAGAAAGCAGCUCUCACCUUCGUACAGGAUGAAAAUAUGAUCAACUUUAUCAAAGGUGGCCUCAAAAUUAGGACAAGUUACCAAAUAUACAAGGAAUGUCAUCAGGUGCUACAGAUGACUCAGGCGAACAAAAGCAAAAAUGAAACAUACUAUCAGUUUGAAGGAGGAGUAAAACUUGGAAUUGGAGCAUUCAACUUGAUGCUGUCACUUUUACCCGGAAGGAUCCUCCGACUUCUGGAAUUUAUUGGAUUUUCUGGCAAUAGGGAGUUGGGCCUCUGCCAACUACGGGAAGGCGCAUCUGGCAACAGUUUGAGGGCCAUUCUGUGUACUUUCACCCUGUUGGUUUAUCAUACUUACGUCUCCUUAAUCCUUGGUACAGGGGAAGCCAACCUUCAGGAAGCAGACAGUCUCCUUGAACCCUACCUCCAGAAAUUUCCGAAUGGUUCCAUUAUUCUAUUUUAUGCUGCCAGAAUAGAUAUACUGAAAGGAAAUUUUGAAAAGGCACAGUUAAGGUUCCAAGACUGCAUAGCAGCCCAGCAAGAGUGGAAACAGAUUCAUCAUCUCUGUUACUGGGAGCUGAUGUGGUGCUACACCUUCCAGCAGGACUGGCUUCAAGCAUAUCGGUAUGCAGACCUGCUCAGCAAAGAGAGCAGGUGGUCUAAGGCAAUAUACGUAUUCCAGAAGGCAGCAAUACUGUGUAUGCUUUCAGAGGAUGAUUUGAAGAGUACUGGUGAGGACAUAGUGUCUUUAUUCAGACAAGUGGAUGGCCUAAAACAGAGAAUUGCAGGAAAAUCUAUCCCUACGGAGAAGUUUGCAGUAAGGAAAGCUCGACGCUAUGCAUCUCCUCAACCAGUGAAGCUGAUAUUACCUGCCUUGGAAAUGAUGUAUGUCUGGAAUGGAUUUGCAAUUGUGGGCAAAAGAGCAGACCUCACUGAAAACUUACUGGUUACAAUUGAAAAAGAAGAAACUGCUCUACAAAAUGAAACUAAUCACAAUGAAUACUAUGUGGAUGAUGCGUGCAUGUUGCAGCUACUGAAAGGCCUCUGCCUGAAACACUUGGGAAGACUCAUGCAAGCUGAAUUAUGUUUCAGUAAAGUAAUUCAAAGUGAGAAGCAAAUAAAAUAUGACAGUUACUUGGUGCCAUUCACGCUGUAUGAAUUGGGUCUGCUGUACAAACAACAGGAUGAGAGAGAAAAAGCAAUAAGAUACAUAGAAACUGCAAAAAACAACUACAAGGAAUACUCUAUGGAGUCCAGGUUGCAUUUCAGAAUUCAUGCCGCACUUGACAGCUUGAAGGUGUCACCUGCUUCAACACCUUGAAUGAGGAGGAAUGCUUUUCAUGCAUAUAAUAAAUAGCCUACACAAUCUUUUUGCAAUCUUUUUUUAAUCAUAGAGAGGAACAUAAUGAUUGUUUUCUGUCACUUCUGAUUUGAUGUAUAUCAUUCCUUUAGAUGUUUUCUGUAUAGCGCCUAUACUGUAUCUACAUGCUGUUUUAAAGAAGACCUUAUAUUUUGUUUGAUAAAAAUAAUUUAAUAUUUGACUUGAA